CACAGUUAGACUAAUUAGAUGUUGUUGUUUUGGCAGAAACCAACCUGCAUUCGCUGGUUUUUCCAUAAAUAAUUACCCAUUGAGGAUUUGUUAAAUUAUUAUGGUUUAGAAUAAUUGUUUAUAUAGGUUUGUGGUAAUUUCAUCUGAUGAUGCGUCGUUUGUGUUUAGUUUUGUGUGUUUAUGUUGCUUCGGACUGGUCAGUAGGUGAUAAAAUAAUAACCAAAAGACAAACUCAGGAUUUUAAGGACUUUAAUAGACAAUUUAAACGUUCCCCUGGACAUCACGGUCCUCCAGGAGGUCACGGCCCUCCGGGACAUCACAGACCUCCAGGUCAUCAUGGACCGCCAGGACAUCGCGGUCCUCCAGGACGUGGGCCUCCACAAUUUGAGCCAACUGACUAUGAUAAUGGAUAUGGACCGUUAGGGCGUGAAGGGUCUUCCCCACAUGAAGGACCGCCAGGACACGAUUGGCCACCACCAGGUCCACCUUCAGGACCCCCGCCGGAAUUUGUACCUCCAGGACAUAGGGGACAUCACAAACACCAUCACCCUCAUCGACCACCUCAUCAAGGAUGGGUAACUCCAGGUCCGCCAACUCCCAAUCAACCAACGUGGUCAAGUAAUCCAGACGAAUACACACUGGAGGACAAAGACAAGAAAGUUAUUUCUGGAUAUAUUGAUGAAAAUUUCCCUGUCAUUUUGUUAGACGAGGAAAAUGAAAUUCGAAAAUGAAAAUGACGUUUCAAUAAAUUAAAGAAAACUUAUAAGUAAUUUUACUUAUUUUCUAUUUUAUUAACCUUACUGUCGGGCCACCGAAGAAAUAUAGUUGUAAAACGAUUACCUGCUAACCGACGCCCAUAAAUUAUCCCGCAACCCUCUGAAGAACAGAUCAUUUCAUAGUGAAGCGCAUUUAGUUGAUGUUGUUCGUCUGUGACAUUGUGCUGUGAUUCGAAUUGUGCUAUU